CGCGCCCCUACCACCGCGGCCACUCAUGCGCCGCUCGACCUGCUGAACACACGUUCACCCCUCCAUACAACCUGUGACCCUCGGAGACGUCCAAGCAUCCCAGUUAACCUCAGCAUGUGCCAGUGUCUAAACGCAAGUGAAAACUAACAGUGAAGUGACUGUACGUGAUAUGUGCUGAAAGGGUGCCAGCAAAGUGUUUAUCAGUCGCAGCCUCAACCGUUAACGUAUAAAAUGGUGAGAGGGGCGGCGUUAGUGCUGCCACUAGCGCUAACAUGGGUAUGCAUGGCAUACUCCAGCGUGCUCGUACCCACAUACGUCUUGCCGCCUGACUCGUUCGUGCGCGAUCAGCGCUCACUCGGCCCACCGCCGGAUUCAGAUGUCAGUGAAUCACAGAGAACAAUAAAGCGCCUCAUUGGAGGACAUAUUAAAAUCAAACCACAAAAGGAAUACGGCAACCCUAAAAAUUCAAUAAACUUUAGUGAUAAGAGUGAAAGUGGAAAGUUUGCCGGUGUGAUCGCGCCGGACCAGUCGGGCGGCAGCGUAGGAUGGAAUCAAGGCAUAUGGGACGAUGGCAUGCUCAUGUCCAGUGCCGGCGAAGGCAAAGAAAGCAAAAGAUUAAAGGAAGACGACGAAGACAAAAAAACAUUGUCAGACCAGGUGGCCGAAGGAAAAUACGGCUUGAUACAAAAUGAAUUGUUUUCAAAAACACCUAAACGUCCAGGAAUACUCAGUUAUGAGCCAAACACGGAAACUCGAUCCAAAGACAACCUUCAAAGUUUAGGCGGUCUUAAAAAAGAUGAAAUAUGGCUCGCUGAAGAUCAUCUACUUGUUAUUAAAGGUGGUUCAUUCCCAGAACGAACAAAUGAGCCAGAACAAAAAGUAUGGCCACCCAUAGACAACUAUCAGGCGCCUAGAAGGCAAGUAAAAUUACCAGACAAGCCCAAAGUCCCACCGCCCUUUCCCGUACGUCUCUCAGACGACGGACCGCUCGUCUUCCUUACGCCUAACGGCAGUGUCCCUGCGCCCGUUUUCCCUCCCUUCCCUACGGGAGAAGGCGAAGGCCCUCUACCACCACCGUCAUUCUUUUUCCCACCUGGAACGUUCGACUCCCCGGGUGAUAAUCAGGGAAACACUACUUCCGGGGGAGCGGCGUUGCCAAAUCCUCCGUUCCCAUUCCUACCUGGGAAUGCGAGCGAAGGAGCAUUCCCAUUCCCUUCAUCCAUGAACGGCUCUUUUCCAGAAGGUUUCCCUCCGGGCGCCGCCUUUCUACCACCACCGAGCAACCAGUCAGACCUGUACGACGAAGACGACCCUUCGAUUUACUAUCCGCCGCCAUACAAUUUUUCCUAUCGCAAUGACUACAAAAGUAAUGUUCCUGCUGGACCCUUGGUACCCGGAAUUAUACUUCCUCCACCGCCAGAUUUCUUUGCUCCACUCGAGGAAACAACCGCGAAAAUGGAAACUUCUACAAAUCCACCAACGCCGACAUAUACGAGAGUAAAAACUUCAAAACGUCCCUCACCAACGCAAGCGACAUAUAGAGGAAAAUACAAAACAAGGCCAACAAUACCAACAUCAACAGAAUCAAUAAAAACAACAGAAGUUCCAAUAACUUUAACCACACCAUCGAAUAAUGAGAUCCCAACAACAGUUAAAACUUGGAAAACACAACGCGUUUUACCAAACCGUCAACCAGUUAAGGUUUAUAAUGAAGCGGAAGAAAUUGUUACAAGGCCAAAGACUGAGAAACCAGUUUACAAAACACGCACAAAGCUUACUUCAAAACCGCUUUCAGUAUCAGUUGUUUACGAUUAUCCAGAUGUUUAUGAUAAUAGACCACCAACUACAUCACAGAAGCCAUAUAUCGCUUACAAUGUACCGCAUAAAACAGCGGAUGAACAUGUGAAUGAUAUAUCGUCAACUUCGGUACCAUUAAGAGGAUAUUAUACAAACAUACAAAAUGAAGAAAUUCCAACAACAAAAUUACAACCCGUAUACAACAGGAAGCCUAACGAGAACGCUGUUGCUUCCUUCUACUUCUUCGAUGAGCAACCUAAAGCGAAAACUCCGGAUGCAUACUUCGAUGGACGGAAUUAUUAUCAAACUGUACCGAGCCAACCAUCAUACGCCCCAAAACCAAACCAAAAUCAACAAUCUCAAUAUCAACAAGGAGUCGACGUCGCCUACGGGUCAUUUGAUCAAGCAGAUGCACUAUUCCUGUUUCCACAAAAACAAGGCCCGCACACACUUACGCAAGAAUAUUUCAGUAUACAAAAACCAAGGCAGCAACAUACUUAUGUACAGCAACCUAAGGCUAGACCCGACCCAUUCUAUCAGCAAAUCGCCGAUAUACAACAAACUAUAGACUUUUACACGACAAAGAGACCGAAGUCACAUUCUCAUCGACCACGUGUAAAUAAACAGAAACCAAUCACACCGCGGCCAGUGUAUCAAUUCAGUUAUGAAUCGAAAUCGAGACCCGAAAAACUGACAUUCCGAGCGCCAAAACUCGAUCCAGAACCGUUCAGACCAAUGGUGAGCUACAGUAAACCAUUUAACGUCGAGAACGAUUUUAAUGUUAUUAGUUCCUCCGCCUCACCGGGCUACCAACAGCAAUACUUAGUUGAGAACGUACAAGUGAACACGGAAACUCCAACCUCAUCGAGAUAUUAUCCAAAAACUAAACUUAGAGACGAAGAUUACGACGACGCACCUGUCAAAGAAACGCUACCGGUUAAUAAUAGAAAUCAAAUCCCAGUUCAAACCGGUAAGCCUGUAUAUCACGUAAACAGGCAUCCGAGCACGACACCGAACCCGAUAAGUAAUGGAUAUUAUACAAAACACGAUGAGCGAUACAUUGACGACAUAACGAAGAGUACAUUCGAUGUAUUCGGACAGAAGCUCGAUGGAACGCACGACGUCAAUGGCUUGGCAGUCACGCCUCCACUUGAAACGGUCAAGACGCCAAUCGACAACAACAUAAACCUGCAAUAUGAAAUUGUCGAAUCACAGAGCCCUAAUCCACCGUCACUGCACGGAGACACAGAAGUGAACAACCGGCACCCGCGCCCACCUGUUAACCCUGACAGUGAGCAAGUACACGCCGUGCACGCAAGCGCUCAACUGGUGGACGCACAUAAUCCACCGCUGUCACUUGCCAGUGACACAUUAGUCAACGACAGAUACCCGAGACCACCGAUAAACCCAGACAGCGAAUUCAUACCGAUUCCAAAUCCAAACUAUCGCAGGAUACAGCAGUACAGGGAACAACAACGAGAGCCUCAGUAUACUGGUGAACAGUACGACCUGAACAGGCCAUCGCUGGUUGGUGACACAGACGUUAACUACAGGCGGCCACUGCCACCUGUGAACCCUGACGCGGAGUGGAUCGGAGCAGUGAAUUCAGCGGGAGAAGGAAGGCCAGGGUCUUUAGUGACGUACAGGCUCCCCGGCGACGGAGCCCACGUGUAUUUCUUAACGCCACAAGCGGCGCAAGCUACGCGGGAGAGGUACAGAGCUCCCGGCUAUGGCCGAUAAACCAAAGCUCUAGUCUGAACAAAACGCCGCUGUGAUCGACGUUAGGAUGUAUAUACAAAGCGCAAAUGUGAUUUUUUUAAGUGUCCUAAGUAGUUUUAGUGUGAAAAGACUAGCGGAUGAUCCGCAAUGCCAUAUAAUUAAUGAGAUAAACGAUAUAUGUCGCGGACAAUGCAGCGAUGUGAACGAACGUUAUUAACUAAUAUUAAUUAUUUAUUAAAUUAUUGUUAAGUGUCCAUGGUGCAAGCGUAGCUGUAGUUAAUUUAUUUGUUUGUCAGUAUUUUCGAUAAACUCACGAUUGUGUUGUGAUAAACGUGUGUGUGAAUGCAAUUGUUGUUAGAGACAUAAUGCGAGGAUAAUGACUGUUAACUGUAAAUUGUUAUAUAAAAUAAACAAUGACAAGUAUUUGUGAUUUGUAAUGACUAUAAACAGACUAUGAAAUAAAUUUAUUAAAAAUUUUAAUAAAUUA